AUGGCAGCAUGAGAUGAUCUUCGGCGUGAUCAGGUAGCAAUUCUCCAAGGGAAAGAACAGAAGGAUCAGUACCAUAUGGGUGGCUCUAAUCUUAUGUGGAAUUUCGUCCUCAGUUUCCUCCCAUUUAAGUUUUCGUGAGGCAUCGUAA